AUGGCCAAAAAAAAUGCCAAGAAGGAUGUGACAGGCAGGAACUUGCAUCCAAACGCUGAAGAGGAGGGAACAUUCUCACUGGCCAGUCAGGAUGUCCUGAGGAAUAGAACCAUCAAGAGAGCCAAGCGGAGAAACACCAGACUCCAGCCUGAUGACGGGGGAGCUUCCAAAGGGAUUAAAGGUCUGGCUGUGCCUUCAGGAGGAGGAGAAUUUAGCAGUGGCCCUGGAGGGGAGCCUCGGGAAGGACUAACAACCAGAAAGAAUACAGCCAGGGCUGCAGCAGAGCCCAAGGCAGUCCUGGGUUCUGUUACAGCGAAUGGCCCCACCUCUCUGGAGCACGAACAGAUCUCAGAUCCCCAGACUAACGGCCACAGUCGGUGUCCUGCCUUCUCCGGCCUGGCUUUCAGUCAAGCCUACGCUGGGAGUGUCUACCACAGGCAGUUGACUGGCCUGAACUGCUCUGUCCGGGACUGGAUAGUGAAGCACGUGAACGCAAACCCGUUCUGUGAUCUGACACCUGUGUUUAAACAGUAUGAGAAAUACUUGGUUGCCAUCGAAAAGCAGCUCCAUAGCAGCUGCGGCUGUCUUUUCGAAAGAGAUCCCAACAGAGGCUGGGGUGGGACACAGCCUCCUUCCCGAGAUGUUGCCACUGAACUACAGCCAGAGUCAAUCACAUCUGAAAAGACUGAGUUUGUAGCUGAGAAGAAAGCGGACCCAUCACAAGGAGCAACAAGUGCCUCGUGUAACUUUGGCAAGAACACGACUGAAAGCCAAGUUUGGGUUUCCUUAAGCUCUGGUCCCAUGAAUGGAGUUUCAUCAUCUACCAGAAGCUCCAGUUUAACAGGUAAAGGUACCACCCAGAGGAAACCAGUGUCUGCAAACGCCCUGGAGAGUCCAGCACAAGGCAGCGGUGAUGAACACAAAGGCAAAGAGGAUGAGCCACCCAAGGCCGUCCUUGUUGAAGAGGAGGAGGAUGUUUUCUACUCCAAAAGAUGUAAACUAUUGUACAAGAAAGACAGUGAAUUUAAAGAAAAGGGUGUGGGCAUACUGCAUUUGAAAGCCACAGCCAAUCAGAAGACAAGGCUCUUAGUGCGUGAUAUCAAGUUAGGCAGCAUACUCCUGAAUGUGCUGAUCUCAGCCACUACGCCAUGUACCCGGAUGGGGAAGAAUAACGUCCUCAUUGUCUGUGUGCCCGACCCACCGCUUGAUAAGAAGAAUGCCGCCAUGGAGGUCACCAUGCUAAUUCGGGUGAAAACAAGUAAGGAUGCAGAUGAGCUGCACAAAAUUUUACUGCAGAGAAAGGGUGCUUGA